GUGCAAAAGACUGGAAAAGAGGGAGGAGAAAGGACCAGAAAGAUACAAAGACAAAGAGAGAAGGAGACAAGAGGGGAAAAGCAGAAAAAAGGAUACAACUAAAGAGGACACGGACGAAGAGCAAUAACACCUGCAGAGACGGAGAGAGACGAAGCCUGACUUGGUGGGUCACCUCAGACUGCAAAUCCCACGCCCACCACCUCCGAGCCCUCUUGCAUUAACUUGCCCCCCCCCCCGAGGGCCUCCCUGGAGUGUGUCUGGUUUGAUGCAUUAACUGUGUGUGUGUGAUUGCAUGUGUUGAUGAGUGUGUGGGUGUCUUGCAUCACAUUUGAUGCUACAUUGAGAGAUGUGUGUGUCACGGUGUUGGUGGAUGGGCUGUAGGAGGGUGCGCUCGCCCAUUCUCCCCCUGAUCCUCCUGCUCCCUUUGUCCCUCCUCUUCUCCACGCCUCCAUUUACUCAAGGAGCUAUCCACAUCCCCAAACACUUGCUAGAGCCUCCAGUGCUGACAGAGUUGCCGACAUCCUACACAGCCUUUUCUCGAGAGGACAUCUCUUUGCCCUGUGAAGCCUCCGGCAACCCAACACCAAUUUUCCGGUGGGUGAAGGAUGGAGAAGCGUUUGGUGAGGAGAUGAAAAGUUCUGGGACACUGUACGCUCAAGAAGACGAGCCACUGGAGUCCUACGCGGGAUACUACCGCUGCUACGCCUCCAACACUCUGGGGACUGCCAUGACAGACACCAUCAAAGUCAUAGUUGAGCCUCAACCAGUCCUUGUAAAACAAUACAAAGUUCACAAGAAAGCUUCCCAGGGAGAAAGCCUCAUCCUGACCUGCAACCCUCCAGAGAGCUCCACUCCUCCACUCAUCCACUGGAUGGACAAGAAGAUGGUGCACAUCAAGCAGAGUGAUAGAGUAAUCAUUGGCCUGGAUGGAAACCUGUACUUUUCAAAUCUUCAUCUAUCUGACAGCAGAGAGGAUUAUAUCUGCAACGCCCAGUAUGUAGCUGCCAGGACGAUCCUCCCUGAGACUUCCAUCAGGCUCACUGUCAUGCCAAGUAAUAAUGUUGAUCAUUACAGAAAACCUAAACUCUUCCAUCCCUCCGGCCCCCGCACCUCUGUGCAGACACUCAGGGGCCACAGUGUGACCCUUGAAUGCAUCCCCGAAGGCCUACCCACUCCCAAGGUGGAAUGGAAAAAGAAGGAUGGACAUCUGAACAAGACAAGUGGUCAGCUGGAAAAUCACAACCGUUGGCUUUACUUUGACAGCAUCACCCAGGAUGAUGACGGAGAGUAUGAAUGUCGUGCCUUUAACAGCCAUGGAUACAUCACGCACCCAUUCACUGUCAGUGUGGAAGCGGCUCCUUACUGGUUGAAGGAGCCUGAGAACCAGCAAUAUGCUCCAGGGGAAACGGUAAAACUUGACUGCCUGGCUGAGGGCAUCCCAAGCCCUGUCAUCUUCUGGAGCAUCAACGGACAACCCAUAGAAGAGGUGGAUGAGGAUUCACGCCGGAGUAUAUCAAAGAAUGCAUUGAUUCUGAGGGAUGUGGAAUAUGCUGACACAGCUGUGUAUCAGUGUGAAGCCACCAACAAACACGGCUCCAUCCUCUUGAAUACCUUCUUGUUUGUUGUUGAGCUUCCUCCUCAGAUCCUGUCCUCUGAUGGGGUUGUUUACAGGGCACUUGAAGGCAGAGAAAUCAUGUUGGACUGUGAAUCUUUCGGCUCCCCUCGACCACACGUUUCAUGGGAGCGUGAAAACAUGGUUCCAAUGCUUUCAGAUCCUCGGGUUUCCCUGUUGACCAAUGGGACAAUCGAGCUAACAAACGUGAGCCAUGAAGAUACUGGAGUGUAUACCUGUUCUGUCCAAAACACAAAUAUCUCCAUCACUGCUAACCUGGAAGUCUUCAAUCAAACUGUGAUACUUAAGGGUCCUCAGGAUUUCCAACGCCUCAGAGGAACUGCUGCUCUCCUGGACUGCAAUUUCUACAGUGAUCCAAGGCUGCGCAAUUAUGAAAUCAUCUGGAAGAAAGAUGGAUCCAUAAUCCAGGAAUCAUCACCAGAUGACAAGUACACAAUCUUUGAGAAUAACACAUUAAAAGUGGCAAAUAUCCAAUUAGAUGACUCUGCAGAAUAUUUGUGCGAGGUCCACACUGAAUUGGACCGUGUCUUUGCCACAGGCUCUAUCACUGUUUUAGCUCCACCAAGUCCUCCCAGUUCACUGUCACUGUCUAAUGUGGAGGACCACAGCCUCACUCUCAGCUGGAUCCCAGGACCCUCACACAACAGCCCCAUCACAGAUUUUAUCGUGGAAGCCCGGGAGGAACCAAACUCGGAGGAGGGAAAGUGGGAAUGGAAGAAGUGGACAAACAUAUCCGGAGACUUCAACCAUGUAGAGCUAAUUCUCCAACCCUUCUGCACUUACCGUUUCCGGGUUAUUGCUGUCAAUGAAAUUGGAAAAAGCAGCCCAAGUGAACCCUCAGAUGACUACAGCACACCACCUGCUGUUCCUGACAUAAAUCCCACUGGUGUUCAAAGUAUCUCCACAGACCCAGGGACUCUGAUCAUCACAUGGGAUGAGACGGAAAAGCGCUUGCAAAAUGGCCCUGGCUUCCAGUACAAAGUGUUCUGGCGAGAGGCUAAGGGGGCGGACUCACAAUGGAAAAAUGUCACUGUAACAUCACCACCACUUUUAGUAAACAACACAGGAACCUACACACCAUUUGAAAUCAAAGUCCUGGCUGUCAACACUAUUGGAAAAGGACCAGAACCAGAACCUAAGACUGGACACUCUGGAGAGGACAAGCCAGGAGAUGCUCCUAGUGGUGUUUCAACCGUUGUGAUGAACAGCACCGUGACAGUGAGCUGGAACCAUGUACAAAAUGUGCGAGGUCAACUGCUGGGAUACAAGAUCUAUGUCAGGAGGAUGGGUCAAAGUCAUAGAAGUCGGCGGUAUCUUGACACUCACUACCAUGUUGAGGAGAAAGAAAGACUGGAACAAGGAAAUGAGAGAUACAAGGACAGCUGGGUUGUGGAGGUUCACGGCAUAAAAAACAUGGGAAAAGUGACGGAUCUGCGUCUGUUCUCUAAGUAUGAGCUGGAGUUAACUGCCUUCAACAAGAAAGGGGAGGGUCCUCACUCCCAACCUCACAUAUUCAACACCCCAGAGGGAGCUCCUGGGCCUCCUGCAUCAUUGACGUUUGAGAGCCCUACAGAGAGCUCAGUUAUGCUUUACUGGUCUCCUCCACUUGAAAAAAAUGGCAUCCUGCUUGGAUAUAUGGUGCAGUACCAGCAAGAAGUGGAGAGUCAAGACAGCAACCUGCAGAUGCAAACGUUCAGCGACGCCAAAUUGAAUCAGAUUUUGUUGGACCAGCUGGACCCCAACAGUUACUAUAUCUUCAAAGUGCUGGCACGCACCGCAGCUGGAGAAGGACCUCCCAUCACGCUGAGGGGUGCCACCUUACUUGAUGGAGUUCCUCCAUCAAACAUCACCAUAGUCCCCAGCAAUACAGCAUUCAACUUCAGCUGGCUACCCGGUAAACGAGAAAGGAACCAUGGCUUCCGCAUCAGCUACAGCAAGAGUGCCGACGGUCGUUGGGAGGAGUCAGAGGUCGUCAACUCUACGCAGGGUGUCUAUUCGCUGGCGGGCCUCCAACCAGGAACGCAGUAUCACCUCAAGAUAGAACAUGGAAAUGCCACCUUGUGGGAAGUUACACAAAGGACCAUCAGACCAAUGCCGUCAGAGAUGCCGGGGGGGUUCGCCGCCCGAGGCUGGUUGAUCGGACUCAUCAGUGCCAUUGUGCUGCUUGUGCUGAUACUGCUCAUCCUCUGCCUCAUCAAACGUAGAAAAGGCGGCAAAUAUGCAGUGAAGGACAAAGAAGAGAAGGAGGUGGACUCUGAAGCUCGGCUAAAAGAUGAGACCUUUGGAGAGUAUAGAUCCCUGGAGAGUGAUGGGGAUGAGAAGCGCUCCGACAGCCAGCCGUCUCUGUGUGAUGGCAGUAAACUAGGCAGCGACGACUCUCUGGCUGAAUAUGGAGAAAGUGUGGACAUCCAGUUCAACGAGGACGGCUCCUUUAUCGGCCAGUACAGCGGUCGAGGACCCGCUCCCCACGGCAACGAAGGCUCUGACCCAGCCUCUCCAGCUAACGCAGUCCCCCCUCCACCUAUCGCUCCAUCCAUGUCUAGCAUCCUCAAUCGGCCCAGCUAGACCAAGUCACACUUACACAUCGCAGAAGAAUAGAAACACAUGCAUGCCUGCAACAAAACACAAUGGGACAGACCACUACUGAGACCACUGCCUGUCUGAACACCUGCUAGAGAACAACCAACACUCUCACUAACACACACACACACACGCAAACACUGCUUUGAUGCCACUUCACUCUGAUGUGAGGAAAUAAGACAGAAGGAGGAGGACAUAAACCAGCUGCAUCAGCUGCUCAUUUUGAAUUACAUAACAGAAGUCAUGCGAAUAACAUUCUACAGUUUUCUCAUAUUUGAGGUUAAUUAGGUUUUUUUGUUGGUGACUUGAAAAAAGUAAAAUAUUCAAAUAAUGCAUUCCAUUUUUGAGUCAUAAACCUGAGGAAGUAACCACUAAAAACUCGUUUGGCUUAUUUAAACUUGUAAUGUAGUUUAAUGAAGAUACUGGAUUAAAUCACAUUCAAAUAUAUGAUCUAAGGGUACGUUGAUGGACUGGCAACUUGUCGACGGGCUGGCUCCAGGUCCCUUGACCUCGAAAAGGUUUAAGAUGAGUAAUAAAUCUGAGUUAUUUAAUAAAGCUGAAUUACUUGAAUUUUAGUCAGUGUCAGAGGUAGUUAUGCUGUUCUAAACUGGGUUAGUUAAUGUUUAGCAUGAGUAUCUUCUUUUUUAAUCAAUUUGGUCUCUGUUUACAUAGAAAAGUGCUUUCUGAUUGGAUGGUGCCAUAGUUUUUAUGUUGUACACAACAUACGGUACCAAUGAAUCGUAAAUGCUUAAAAAUAAGACAAAUUGGCUUCUUUCCUUGGUCCAGUUAUUCCUGAAGAUGUCCAGUAAUCUUUUAUUUAAGCACAGAAGACUUUUGGUGACCUGCAUGACUGAGAAUGUGCACCAACAACAUACCAGUUACUAAAAAACUAUUGUUUUUGAUGAAUCAUUGAUCUUAAAACUAACUGUAGUUGCUAAGAACAUAAAAGGAUGUAUACAAACAGACUCAGGAUUUUGAACAGUUGAUGCAGCUGAGUCCAGUAGCAGAAGUAGUAGUGUUACUAACUGUGUCAGCCUUUAUUUUAUUUUGUACAAAAAUUUAAGCCUCAUUUAGUUUUCUUAACAUAGUUAAGGUAUCAUUCAUUUCUCAUGUAAAGGUGACUAUCAAUUAUCUUUUACUAAGAAGCGCAUUUUUAUAAGUGAUUUAUACUCAUUUGUGUGCAUGCAUCAGGGACUGGUAUACCAACUUGGUCCCAAUUCCAAGAUACAUGUCAGCCUUAAGGUUUUUCAAAAGGCUUUAGUUGAUUUUUUAACCAUUAAGUUCAAAGCAUGAAUGUUAUUUUGAAUGCCCUUCUUUGCGAAUGUCCACACUUUCCACAUCUGUCCUCUGGCCUGCAGUGAUGCAGUGAGAUUUGUUGGCAUAAGAGCCUCCCCCCUUCUCACCUUCUGUCCAUCAAUCACUCAUUCAUCUCCAAUAUAGGACCAGGCAGUUAAAGUCACUCCCUUAACUGUUUAUACGUUACAUUUUACGUAAUACUGAGUGUGCAUUUUUAAACUGGUGAAGAUUUUUUCUUCACUUGAAUGUGUUUUAUAAGUUGCAGUGUGGUGAACUCUGCAGUGAUAUUAGAGUCAACGCAAACAACUGCAUGUAAUUGACUUUUCAGAGCAAUGUCUUAGUGCUUGAUUUCAACAUGCAAAAAGGGAAAAAAAAGUCUGAUAACCCAAAAUAAGGCUUGAUUUUACAUGAUACCCUUAUCAGAGUAGUGCGAUGCUCUGAAUAUUUGACGUGCCUCUCAGUUUUUGUAGUGCGAAGUUUAUAGAAUGAAAUGGGCUCAAAGUUUUAAUUUAUUUAGUCACACUAUGUAUAUGGCCAAAAGGUGGAGUCAGUGUUCACUGCUGUAAUGAAAGUGUAAGCCUGUUUCCACACAGCUGCUUACAAGGGAUUCAGUGCUUCAGAAAAGUUUUGCUUCUUCGGUUAAGGGUCAAAUGUGAGACAGAAAGAUACUCCUAUAUGCACACACAUGUUCUGAUGCUUACAUCAAGUGCAGGACUAUGGAAACCAUAUGGAGAACAGAUCCUUGUACCAAAAUGGACUUCUUAAGGACAGAAAGAGAGGACAGAAGCAGAUUUUUUUUUUAAAGUGCAGCAAUCCAGAGCUAAGUUGUCAGGACUACAGAAUCUGUUUUCAUUCUCUUAAUGUAAAUAAAACCUUGAGAUUGUCAUUUUUUAUUUCUACUACUUCUUUUAUAAAAUGAUCAAACUGCAUUUUUUGUUUAUCUAUUUAUUUGUGUGGUUUUGUACUGCAGUAUUCCUAUACUGCAGCAUAUGUAUAGUUAUAAUCCCCCCAACCAGAAUCAUUUCUUUAAGUUUUCCUAUUGUGUCACUAACCUGUAGUAGCUCAGAGCUUGCUUAGAGAAGAAUAGUAUCAUAAAGAACAACCUUCAUCAAUGUUCUGUAUAGUGCUUAGAAUCACAGAAGAUAAUACAAAUUAUUGAAAAGUCAUAAAUGUCAAAACUCCUGCAUCUUCCCAAAGUAGAUGCGUCUCAGAUUUACUGGACUCAGCAGAGAUGUGUUGAGGUUUCCUGCAGCCCCAGAUGAACCUGCACUGGAUUUCAGGGACGGUUUAUCAUGGCUUCAACUGUGCCAGACAAACCCACUCGGGCAGAAUAUUUGAUGAAGGAUGUGACAGAAGAGGAUAUAUACUACAAUGCUGAGUUGUGCUCAUGAACCUGCCUGUUGCAUUGUGCGCUGUACUGUAUUUGACAAACUUACUCCAGACUUUAAACUAAUAAAUAAUCAAGGACAUAUAC